AUGCCACCACAGUUCAUCCCAUGGACAAGGGCAGCCAGGACGUUAUCAAGAUGUCUUUCCAAGAGGAACUUUUCGAAGCUGUUAGCUCGGCGAACAAUUCAUCUUAAUAACUGGGAUAAACCGAUGAAGUUAGACAGAGAAUUAAAGUUCGCUAUCAUUGGGGGUACGUUAGUACUGACGUAUUCUUAUAUGUCGAACUAUCUAUCUUCCGAUACUAUAAAGGGCAUAAAGCAAUUCAGUACGACGAGUAAGCCGUUGACAACCUCCGGGAUUAAAGAUAACGGAGCUCGCGAGAACACUGUAUUCCUGUUAACAGAAAAUGAAGUCAACUCUCGACUUCGCAGUUUGGAGGAAUCAUAUUUCGUGGAUCGCUGUAAAGGUGUUUUAAGGUAUGAUGUUUCACAGUUGCCGUCUAAUAAUCCGAUCGAGGAUAGUCGGAUAGAACAGAUUAUCACUUUGCCAAAUGAGCAGAUGCAAUCACAAGAAGAUUUAUACUUUUUUGGUAUUUUCGAUGGUCACGGUGGGCCAUACACCUCAGCAAAACUAUCUAGAGAUUUGGUACCUUAUAUAGCCUAUCAACUUGGGCAGGUAUAUGCACAAGGUAAUGAGAACCUUACCUCAGAAGCCAUUGAUGAAGCAAUAACACAAGGGUUUUUGCAAUUGGACAAAGAUAUUGUAGAAACCGCAUUGGGAAAUUUCUUUGAGAAACCAUCAAAGGAAAAUCUUAUUGAAGCCUUGCCUGCUGUGUCUGGUGCAUGUAGUUUAUUGGCAAUGUACGACUCAAAUAACUGCAGCCUAAAAGUCGCGCUAGCGGGCGAUUCUCGUGCUUUACUUGGCAAGGUAGAUGAGAGCGGAUCCUGGACUGUGCAGUCUCUAACCACCGAUCAAACAGCCGACAAUCCAGCCGAAGUACAACGUAUCAACUCAGAACACCCCAACGAACCCAAUUGUGUCCGCAACGGCAGAGUCUUGGGUUCAUUGCAACCCUCCCGUGCUUUUGGCGACUACCGUUACAAAGUUACAGAAUUGGCCGGCAAAACUGUUUAUGACUUGCCAGACCAUCUCAAGAUCUACUUCCGCAAAGAACCCAAAGGUCUCCUAACCCCUCCUUAUGUCACCGCAAAACCAGAAAUUACCACUGCCCAAAUAGACCGCAACACAAGGUUCAUGGUAAUGGCCUCCGAUGGCCUCUUCGAGCUUCUAACAAACGAAGAAAUCGCCGGCCUAGUUAUAAAGUGGAUGGAAGCACAUCCCGUUAAAAAAGGCUUCAACACCUUGAAGCCAUCUACAAAGGGUAAAAUCCCCCAGGUUCAAGACCUCACCGUCGACAAAGAAUUUCAAAGACCCGCCUUCAGAUACAAAAACUCAAAAGAAUCCUCCUCCGAAUACUUACUAGAAGAUAACAACGUCUCCACCCACUUGAUCAGAAAUGCCCUCAGCGGUGGAGGCGACAAGAGAUACGUAUCAACUCUAAUCAGUAUCCCUCCCCCAAAAAGCAGAAGUUACAGAGAUGAUCUAACUGUCACUGUCGUCUUCUUCGGAGAUGACCCUAACCCAGUACAUGAACAACUAACCAUCAACAAAAAUGCAACUACAUCAAUUACACCAAAGCUAUAA